UAAAAAAAAUGACACACAAUUUCUGUUUUCAGAAUUGGAACACAUUCCUCAAAAAUUUUGCUGAAAAUGAUUUUUGCAUGGAUGAAAACUUCACAGUCCCAACAACAGAACCCACACCAGUAGCCAACUCACUUUCAUCACCUAACAAUGCACCAGAAAGAACUAGAAAUUAUUCUGUGGCCUUAUGGUUGACUGUGUGGCCCACCAUGGACUUCACAAGGUUUCACUACAAUCACUCCAGAUUACUAGCCACCUUGAGGGGGGAGGAUUUGGGAUUGAAAGGUCAUUUAGUGUCUGAGGAAGUAAAUGUGACAUUUGAAUUACCAUUUGACUGGAACCUUACUAACUGCCACAGUGCACGGAAGUGCGAUUCAGUCAGACUGCGCACUUGUGUGUAUUUUCAAGCAACUGCUCAAGUCUUUCCUGGUUAUAGGGCACCAGAGACGUGUAUUCCUUUAAAUGAAUCAAGCCAAGGCCCCUAUUCUCAUAUGACAAGUAGGAAGGACAAUACUUUCUUUAGACAUUUAUGGUGCAGUCAGCAUCCCAAAAUAGAAGUGCAAUAUGAAUGGGAUCCAACUCUCAACAUCAUGCUGUCCAUAGGUGAUAGAUCAGUGAUUAACUUGCACCUGAUGCACACAAGUUACUUCCUAUUUGUCAUGGUCAUCACAAUCAUGUGUUAUGCUAUAAUUAAAGGGAAACCAAAAAAUAAAACUAUACAAGUAGUUAAUGGAGGGUCAGUUUUGUAGGUGCCAGAGGGAACUCUAUGACAUGUAUAAUAAUUAACCAUUUAUGACCUACUAGAAAUUGGCUUUACAAGCAGGGCAUGUAAUUGGCCAGGGACAAGCAGAGGAAUUGGGUUUGAAGUUUUCUACAGGUCAUCACUAGAUGGAAGCUUGAAGUUGUGAUAGUGGCAUAGUUAGAUGUUAAAGCACAAAGUAAGAGGCCAUGAAAUAAGAAGUACUUCAACAUGGAAUCCAGUUAGAGAUAUAUUAUAAUUGCUUCAUAAAUAAAUGCCAGUGACUGCCAAGCAGAAAUGUGGUGUUUUAUUCAAUGUACCGGUGUACAAAGUUAUAAACAUAUAUGCCAUACAGUUGUCUCAAUACUGCAUAAUACUUGAUGAUUGUACUUACCAGUUUUUUGUAAUGGUAUUGCGCAGAUCAAGAUGUACCCUAUACCAGUCUGGAUCAAAGGAAUAUUGUUAUCUACCAAAAUGCAAUGAUAUGUCUAGAAAAGUACCACACCACACAACUUCAGUGAAUCAGCUGUCAUUUCUCUACAUGACGCAUGAAGCCAGGUGUGGUGGAGAGGCUGACACUUAAGAUUGGGUAGUUUGACACUUUUUUGUUUAUGUCAUUUUGUUCACGAUCCCCAGUUUGUCAUGACUUUUUGGAAGGCCUGCAUUGCAGUGUUAAUUAAAUAAUUCUCAUGAAAUUUGCAACACUUUAUAUCUUAAAUUAGAAUUGUAUUUAUGAUUAUAUGUGAUGUGAUAUGGUAUCAAAAUUGCACCUUUGUGUUGGAAAAAGAAGGGAAAUGCUUGGCAGAAUAAAUGCAUUGUUUGUGGCUAUAAUUGUAUGAUAAUAUACUGCUUAUAAGUAUAGUACUAGUACAAAUCAUUGUGGUCAUUUAACUAUCAUUCAAAUUAGUAACAUAAUGUUAACAUGCAUGUACAUGUUUUGUGUAAACCAUAAAUAUUUGUCUGUGAAAAUCUGUUUUAAAAUUGUGAUUUAAGUUAAAUUGUUUUGAGCAUUUUAAUAAUUGGUCCCAUGUAGUAUCGGAGCAGCAUUUAUAUUUCAUUUACGGACAAAAAUUACAUCUCGUGUGUAUUUGGUGUAAAAACAUUACAUUCAGUAAUUAUUCAUUGUUGCAUUUAUUAAAUUGUAUGUCAGUAAGUGUGCUACACAUCAAGUCACAGAGGAUAUAUUCUGUGUGUUUCCAGUCUUUUUGUCUUUUUUGUGCUUAUUUUUCUUCUUCUUUGUUUUUUUAGAUGCAUUCUCAGUUUUAUUUUGCAUCUCAUUUGAUUGGAUAUAAUCACACUUUUGACUAGCUAUAUCUGCAGUGUUCUUUGUAUUACCAUUAUUCAGUACUGUCUCAGCAGAAACUGCAACUUCAAGAAACUUUGACAAGUUCUCAGAGCUGUAAUAGAAUGAAGUCAGAUAUAAAUUUAUUCUUGUAAAACUUGGACAGAUGAUUGUCAGUGUUAAAUGUAAAGGUAAUCUGGUUUCAGAGUUACAAACUGAGGUCUUUUCAUGCAUAAUAUAAUUGUAUACAAAUCCAUUUUAUGCUUUGAAAGUAAUACAAAAAUUAAUACUAUACCUGUCACUA